CCACCACCACCUAUCAUGUCCACCCCUUCCUCCCCCCUCACCAUCGACCUCCUCGCCCGCGUCCUCAGCAACAGCAUUUUCCACCCUUUCAUCGCCUGGCUCAUCCCCCUCUGCCUCCGCUCCCUCCAAGCACCAUACCACAGUUUCGAAUUCCGCGCGACAAGCUUCUACGCGAGUAUCGUCACGCUGUGUUGGAUUUUGUCUAUCCUCAACAACCGCAUCGCGCAUGGCAGGCCGCGCGUCGUGGAUUGGGAUGAGGAGGUCGUGGUGAUUACCGGGGGAGCGAAUGGAUUGGGGAGAGUGAUUGCUGAGACGUAUGGGAUGAGGGGGGCGAGGGUGGCGGUUUUGGAUGUUGAUGGGCCGGAUCAGAUGGAGGGGGAGGAGGGAGAAGAAGGGUUGGCGGGGGUGAAGUUUUAUCGAUGUGAUAUUGGGAAUGCGGAAGAGGUUGUGGAUGUGGCGGGGAGGAUUCAGAGGGAUCUCGGCACACCCACCAUCCUCAUCAACAACGCCGGCAUCGUCAACGGCAAACGCAUCUGGGAACUCAGCGCGCAAGAAGUGCAACGCAACAUGAACGUCAACCUCCUCGCCCACUUCCACACCAUCCGCACCUUUCUCCCAGGAAUGCUCACCACCUCCCAAAACGGCGGAACAAUCGUCACCAUCGCCUCCGUCCUCGGCAAACUCGGCGCGAGCCAUCUCUCCGACUACUGCGCCGCCAAAGCCGGUCUCAUUGCCAUGCACACCUCUCUCCGAUCCGAACUCGCAUCAUCAUCAUCAUUGCCAUCCUCCUCCACCACCACCAGCAGCAAAACCCUCCGCCACCACCCCCAAAAAAUCCGCACCAUCCUCGUCACUCCAGGACAACUCUCCACACGCCUCUUCUCCACCCUGCAAACGCCCUCGAAUUUCUUCGGACCCGUCGUCGAAACAGUAGAAUUAGCUCGAGAGAUUAUUUCCAAAAUUGACGCGGGCGAAAGUGGAGAGAUAAGUUUUCCGUUUUAUGCAAGGUGGAUUGAAUGGAAUUGUAUCUUGCCGAGGGGCGUGCAGGAGUGGAUGAGGGUGGUGAGUGGGAUUGAUCGAGCGAUGGGGUUGGCGAGGGAGAAGGAGGGGAAG